UGAACGAUCAUCACGUACAAGUUGGUUUCCGUUAAGGUGAAGGUCGUUUACCCAUUGAUCGACCGUACUUGUCCCAGCCAAUAUUCACGCAGCCAACAGGACAUGACAUCGAGAUCGGAACCUUACACUUUGAUCGCUAUGUAAGUUCAUCUCCGUUACAGUGAGGUUGGUUAUUCCCACUCUGAAUGGAUUUAUGAAAGGAUGGCUUAAAACACACCUAGUAAUGUAGUUUUGUACAUCAUCGUCAUACGCCACAAUCAAGAGGUCUGAACCAGUCUGUGGCCACUAAUCCAGCGUGGGCGAUCAUCCGUUGCUAAUCCAGAAUGGAACUUGAGCCAGUAACAAGCCAGUCACCUAAACGCCCUAUACCGGGGGGUGGUCUAGCCACAGAGGAGCCUGACAUGGAUAGCGACAGUUCGAUGGGUUCCCCCAAACUACACAAGCAUUUGAAGCGGUUUUCCACAGUCACUGGGGCUCUUGCUGCCUUUGAGUACAAACUCCCAGGCCGUCAAACCCGUCUGGACUGCACCCUGACGAGUCUCGUGUCAUCAGAACGCAUCACACAGGAACUGGUGCAGUGUGCACGAGAGGGCGAUGCCUCGACACUGGAGGCGAUUAUCAACGCCCUUGGGAAGAACGUCGAGAAGCACGUGAACUCGCAGGAUGAGAACAGCCUGACCCCCCUCCACUACGCUGCCCAGUACAACCACCCGGAUGUUGUGGACAUUCUGCUGAAGAACAAAGCAGAUGUCAACAUCAGAGGGGAAGAGGAGGGGGUCUGCCCCGCCCACUAUGCCGCUAUGCCUGUGAGGGGCAAGAAACUCAAAACCGACCGGAGCGCCCCUAAGAGUAUGGAUCAAGUUUGGUCGGGAUCGUCCUGUGUCCCUAAGCUGAAGGAGAAUGGCGCCGACUUCACAAUGAAAGACACGUAUGGCCAGACUCCGCUUCACUACGCCGCCAUUCACGGCAAUGUCGUCGCCGCCAGGGACAUCCUCGCCUUCCAAGACAUCAACAUAAUUGAGUCUGAAGAUAAUCAGAACAUGCGAGCCCUGCACGUAGCAGCUCUAUAUGAUGAGCUCGGCGUUGCUAAACUCCUCCUCAACGCCGGUGCCGAAAUCCGGUGUAUGGAUCACGAGACGUCAACACCAUUACAUCACGCAUGCUCGUCUGGGAAUCUGCCUCUUGUGAAAAUGCUCUUUGAAAUCGCAGAGAAAAAUCCGGAAAAAAAUGUCACAGAAUUGCUAGUUAAGGACCAGGAUGUUGAAGGAAGCACUUGUCUCCACCUAGCGGUAGAAAAUGGCCAUAGUGAGAUCACCCACCUUUGUGUACAAAAGGGGGCAAAUGUCAACCAGAGCCGCAGUGACGGUUUGUUUCCACUCCACCUGGCGGUAGUGUCCGGUAAGAUUGACAUCAUACGCCAUCUGGUGGAUAAAGGGGCAAUAAUCGACGCUUCGAAUGACAUGCAAACGACACCUCUACACAAAGCGGCUCAAUUCAACCGCGUAAGGGCUGCGAGGCUUCUCCUGAGGAGGGGGGCCAACAUUGAGUGCCUUGACAAAGACAACGACACGCCGCUCCUUAUCGCUGCCAUGUACGGCCAUGUCGAGACGGUGGAGAUGUUGGUAAAGAAGGGAGCUGACGUCGAUGCCACAAAUCUGAAGGAGAAGACGGCUGUCUAUGUUGCUGCUGAAGAAGGCAACCUGUCUGUGCUCCAGAGCUUGUUGUCGGUUCCUGAGAUGAGAAACCUUAUCAACUGGGGCGACCGUGACGGCAAUACUGCACUGCAUAUCGCUGCUCAGAAGAAAAACCUGCACGUUGUCAAGAUUCUCCUCAAGAACAAGGCGUCCAUACAUACCAAGAACGAACUUGAGGAAUCUCCACUACACAUGGCUGCUAAAUACGGGAACGUCAACACCAUACGGGAAAUUGUGAGGAACGGUCAGAACUCUAUCUUUGCCGAGGACGAGAAGAGUAACACGCCCUUACAUCUGGCCGCACUGUACGGACAUACGCUGAGCGUGGGUGCACUCAUUGAACUUGGGGCUGAUGUUUCACAAAAGAACUGUGUGCUUUGGACUGCGUUAGAUAUGGCGGCAGCACAGGGCUGGAACAACACCUGCAAGGUCCUUCUAGAGGCGGACGCCCCUGUAGAUCCCACCGACAAGAGAAAUACAACCCCCCUGCACCUGGCCUGUUCUAGUGGUCACCGUGAAGUCGUACAGUUGUUGCUGAGGUGGAACGCCAGCGUCACCAAGCGCGACAUGAACGGCAUGAACUGCCUUGACCUUGCUAUUGAGAACAACAAAAGUGACAUUGCUCGUCAGAUCAUCCAAUCCGAUAAAUGGAAGGAUGCGUUACGACACGCUCAUAUCCGGAAGAAGCGAGGUAACGUCACAAUCGACACCCCUUUACGUCGGCUCAUCAGGAAGAUGCCAGAUGUGGCGAAGGAGGUUUUUGACCGGUGCAUCACGGCAGGGGAGGAACAGGACCCCACUGAUGAAAACUUUGAGCAACGUUACAACUUUGAAUUCAUCGACGACCUUUACGCUGAGUGGGCCCAGCCUCCGUCUAAUGAAGGCGGCACAUCGCAAACUGAGUCGAAGAUUUCUUACAGGCGGUUUGGGAAAUUGAUGCCUUACUCUCACAGGUCCAAGACCAUCAAAGAAAACCACCCCCUUCAUAUAAUGGUAUCCGCCCACCAAGAGCAGCUGCUUGCCCAUCCACUUGUGACGUCACUAAUUUCACACAAGUGGUGGUCGUUCGGGGCGUGGUUCCAUCUAUAUUCCUUCUUCCUCCAUCUCAUGUUCAUCAUCUUCCUCACCAUGUUCACCCUCAACACGACGCCGCCACACCAAUACUCCACUGCCCUUGCGGACGCCAUCAAGGGCGGUUCAUGUGAUGCAAUCAGCAGCGACUACCAUCAACCCGUGAACACCAACAACCAGAAAUAUGUUGUCAUAUUUCUCGUUAUAGUUUGCAUCUUCAAUGAGUUGUUCCAGAUGUAUCAGAGCAAACUGUCGUACUUUUCUGUAAACAACGUAACAGAGUGGAUAGCAUACAUCUUCACCAUCCUCGUCCUCGUCGACUUCAACCACUGCCAGACCCUCACCGGCUACAGAUUAGACUGGCAGUGGUCCCUGGCGGCCCUGGCCGUGUUUCUCAGCUGGACGGACCUGAUGUUCUUCGUCCAGGGGUUCAGCUCCCUCGGGAUCUACGUUGUCAUGUUCAGAGACAUCCUCGUCACGUUCCUCAAGGCAAUCACAGUCUUCUUCGUGCUCAUCCUGGCCUUCGCCAUUGCCUUCGUUGUACUGCUGAGGAACCAGAUCCCGUUUCGAGACAUAGGGAGCUCGCUGAUGAAGACGUUCGUGAUGAUCAUCGGUGAAUACGACUUCAACGACAUCUUCAAUGCCGGCGUUCUUUCUACGGCGUCAGUAGAUGGACUCUAUUACCCUGCAGCCACCUCAAUACUGUUCGUCGGCUUCGUAGUGCUAUCUUCCAUUGUGCUGAUGAAUCUACUGGUCGGUUUGGCCGUGGAUGACAUCAAAGGCAUCCUCCGCCAGGCAGCGCUUAAACGAAUGGCAAUGCAGGUGGAGUUGACACUGGAUGUGGAGAAAAUCCUCCCCGACUUGUUCAGACAAAGGUUUUUCCGCCCGACAAAGAUCAUCAAGCCCAACCUGGAGUCGAAAUAUCCUCUGCGCCACGUGGUCGCCGCCUUCACCAACUGGUGGACGACGGACGCGGGCGAAGAUGAGGAUAUUGUUCUGAAGGAUAUACCAGAGAUCAGAAACACCCAGAUUAAGAUACAGAAAGAGGUCAAGGCCAUCCGAAAGGUCGUGAACGUUGUGCAUGACAUGCACCUGCAGAACAAGCGCAUUGAGAGCAUGCUGAGGGCGAUAGUGAAGAACUCGGACACUAUCUCGUGGGUGGAAGAGGACUACUCCAGUGAUGAGGACCGGACCUUGACUCAAACCAUGGGGAGGAUUUGAUACAUGGAUGUUUCCGUUGCUGUAAUAAAACUUUGAAUUGUGCCUUAGCAGCUAUUCCGCCAGUUCCGUGGAGUUAAAACGUCUGGACUCUGAACCAUAAAGUUAGAGAUUAGGGGUGCGUUGCAAAGCGCCGAUCGCUUGCAAGCCAUAUACAGCGAUUCGCCUUACAAAAAGUGCGCUAACUUUCAGCCGCUUCCAAGUGAAACUAUCGCUGGCUGAGGUCGCUUCGUUCUCAAACCAAAAUGGCGGCUGACUUUGACAGCGGAACAAGAAUAUCUUGUCUGGAUCAACGAGGAAAUGAGCAAAGGCAGCUAACACCCCAUCAUCCUCAGUCUGCUCCACAUUUUCAAAGUAGUCAUAAAUUUCAUCAUCUCGUCAGGACUCAAAACUUUCAUCGUCUUGUAUAUCAAGUUAAUGAAGUUCGAGUUAACGAGGUUUCACUGUAUAGAGUACAGUAUAUUGUACAACAGUUCAGGUGGCAGCACACAAUGCAUUCAGAGGUGGCUCUUUCAGGAUCAUGAAAAUGUUUUGACGUCAACUGAUCGGAAAAUGGACAGAUGUACAAGGCUCGUCCUACAUUUAUAUUGUGUUUAUUAUACGUUUUGCAAACUUGUGUCCAAGUCCUAGUAUUUUGCCUUAUUAGGUGUUUAUCUAUGUGCCACUUUUACCGCCUACCGGUUUUUUUAAAUGAUAAACGAACUUACUUCAAUCGAGGGACAAGGGAGGCAAAGCGUCGCAUAGUUGUGUCCCUUGGGCUUACGAAGAUCCUAUACAUGGGGUUCGAAUCUUAGAUUUAGCCUGAUUAUAUGAUCCCUGUUUUGUCGGCACCUUACCAGCGUUAUUUGGUUUCACCAACCAGUGAUGUCUAAAUCCCGCAUCACUACGAUCCUUCCUCCGACAUACAUAGGCUGUGACACGCCCUGACCUGGUACAAUUUGCGUCGCUAUUUUUCCUUUUACGCUCAAUGGAAACCCCCGGCAGAUAAUCGAGAGCUUUUGUUUACAUUUAUUGAAAUUUAACUCUCAUAUCCAAAGUUACAAUGUAUAUUUUUUUAACUUCGACGAAGUUUAUAGGUAUCUACGCCUAAGACCUCACUGACGGUGUGGUGUCGUUCCUGCUACCCACUCGAAUGCUUAAAUCCCAGUAUUAACCUCCAUGUUUAUUAACCUGACAUUCUUGCCUCACCUCACCACAGAAUUGCAGCCCUGAACUACCUUUCGUGUGACGACAUACGUCAUUUCUUUUUCAGAGGGAUUGAAUUCAUUUUGUUGAAUGAAUGUUUCUUACUCAAUAGAUCUUCAUAUAUAAUAAUGAGAUUAAGAUAAUAUCAUUUGUAUUUUUUAAAAUUUGUUAUUUAUUUAUCUUCUACUUUGAUAUACUUUGUUUGAUAUAAAACAAAUUUACAAAAAAGCAGCUAUUUUUUUUGUUGUAAAAUACAAUUGUCAAUGAAUGAUGAACGCAGACCUCAACAAACAAGAUGUAUAUAUGAGAACUUAAUCAGUUUUCUUCUCCAUACGUCAGAUGCAAGUGAUUGAAAUUUUUUCAACACAGUCAACAAUAAUUGUACUAAACUGCCCGCCACAAGAAUGAAAACACCGAUGUUUCAUGGGGGCUAAAAAAUAUAAACAAACAAGAAUUGCUUAUUCGAUGGUGAUGAAUUGCACACGGGUAUUAUUGUUGUAUUUUGGAACUUACGUUUCGUCGGCUGUUUUCAGCCUAGUUCUAAUGUUUGGAAUUUUAUGGUCAAAUUCCAGUUUUAAAGUGUAUAUUUUCUUUCAAAAAUUUCAAAAUACCAAUAAA